CCUGCAAGAAAAUGGUCUUUUCGAUUUACUGGAACCUUACAAGCGACUGCUGGAAAACCAAAGAACAGGAACACAAUGAAAAUAGAAGUGGUGAUCUAUGACGCUAAAUGUGCAGAUGCUGGAUUCUAUUUUUGUUCUGCCAUAUACCUUAACUCCAAUAAAAGUGAUUCGAUAUCAAAUAGCUACCAGAUUCUCACGGUUAAAGCGCGACCCAUUCUUGUUUCGAUGUAUGUAAAUGCUAAGGAUAAAGUUGGAAUGCUUCCUUAUCAGUCUGUUACUGAUGUCGGUUAUGAUGUGGAUUUGAAUUGUAUCGUCGAGGGACCAAAAAACGUAACUUUUCAAUGGAAGUUUGGCAGCAGGUUAAGUAACUUUAACAGUUUUACACCAUAUCCUGUACAAAACGCUGUGUCAGUUGCUGAACCUGUCCUGGUCAGUUCUGGGACAACCUGUGUCCAGUAUAUUCAUACGUCAACACUGAAGUUUCAAACAGAAGAAAAGUAUGAUGGCUACAUGUACGUGUGUGUGGCUACAGAAAACAACAGGUACACAGUCGUUGGGAACAUGACAUUGUACCAUAAAAAAGGGAAACAGUCCCCUGAUACAAGUCAGCCAAUUAGUGAAACCCUCGUCAACCCAAAAGCAGUUGAUGUAGGUGAAUCGUUCACUUUGGCAUGCGACGCUUCAAUUGCUGGUGUUCCAACAAAUGCAACGACAAUUUUAAGCCUGACUAUUGCAAGGAGAGAGGGGGAAAAAGAGCCAACUACUAUAGCAAGAUACAACACGCUUACCUUCCCAUACGAAUCAACAUUUCCACCAAAAAAUUCACCUGCCGGUAAAUUAAAGUUUUAUUUCUCUGGACGGAUUAAUGAAUCACCUGACAAACUAAAUAACAGAAACACAAUGAUGAUUAGUAUGACGGUCAAUGAUAUUAGAUGUCCAAACGAUGUCUUGUACAUUUGUACUGCGAUAUAUUUCAAUUUAAAUAAUGAUGUUGUAACGGAGAGUCGGAAUAACACAAUUACAGCUCGCCUUGUUCCAGUGUCAUUAAUUUCAUCCCCACCUGGUUUUGAAGUGUCAGAUUUUGUUUUCGAUAAAGUCGCCUCAUUCCAAGAAAUCUUCGAAAGGGGACCACGGUAUCAACCAGUAGAUUUGAGAUUGGGUGUUGAUGAGGGAGUAAAUGUCAAUUUAACGUGUUUUGUUAAUGGAUCUAGCAAUGUAAACAUCCAAUGGAAGUUUGGCAGCAUGUUAAGUAACUUUAGCAGCUUUACACUAUAUCCUGACAAAAACGCAGUAACAAUUGGUAAAACUGUUUUAUUAAAAUCUGGGACAACUUGUACCAGGUACCUUCAUUCGUCGACACUGACGUUUCAAACAGAAUACAAGUAUGAUGACUACACGUAUGUGUGUGUGGCUACAGAAAACAACAGAGAAACAAUUGUUGCUAAUAUUACUAUAUGCUUAAGUCAAGAGUUUCGUGUAAAACCUGUAAGUGACAGCGAUUCGAUUGUUAACCCAAGAGAGGUUAAAGAAGGCGGAUCAUUCAAUGUGACUUGUGACGCAUCACAUGCUGGUGUUCCAUCAAAUACUACAACUCUUAAUUUAUUACAUAUUGAAUGGACAGACACGUCGAAUAGUCCAGUAUUAUUAGCAAGAUACAGGACAUACGCUCCUCCAUAUGAACAUAAAUUUAUACCAUAUUCUCUACCUGAGAGAAACUGGAGUUUUAAUUUUGUUGGAAACUUGGCAGAAACAUCCGAAUCUCCAAACAACAGCAACACAAUGAAAAACAACAGAAACACAAUGAAAAUUGAAAUAAUUGUUCAAGACGCUAAAUGUGCAGAUGCUGGAUUGUAUGUUUGUAGAGCUUCAUUCGAUGAAAUUUUAUUUUUCAUUGGACACCAGAAUCUCAGUAUUGUAGCCCAAGUAGUUCCUGUGUCCCUGACUUUAGUUCCCCAGAAUGCCAAGGGACGGGGUCCAUACGAGUCGGUCAAUCCUGCAGGGUCUAAUGUUACUUUGUUGUGUAAUGCCACUGGACCAAAAAACGUAACUUUUCAAUGGAAGUUUGGAGGAAGAUUAAGUAAUUUUAGCAGUUUUACGCCAUAUCCUGUACAAAACGCUGUGUCAGUUGCUGAACCUGUGCUGGUCAGUUCUGUGACAACCUGUGUCCAGUAUAUUCAUUCGUCAACACUGAAGUUUCAAACAGAAGACAUGUAUGAUGGCUACAUGUAUAUGUGUGUGGCUACAGAAAACAACAGAGACACAAUUGUGGGGAAUAUGACGAUAUACACAAAACAGAAUUGUACAAGUGGUACAGGUACAACUUGUACAGGUACAAGUGGUAAAGGUACAGGUACAAGUGGUCAAGGUACAAUUAGUAUAGGUACAAGUGGUACAGGUACAAUUAGUAGAGGUACAAUUGCUACAGAUGCAAGUGGUAUAGGUACAAGUGUUACAGGUACAAGUGGUACAGGUACAAGUGGUACAGGUACAAAUGGUACAGGUACAGGUACAAGUGGUACAGGUACAAGUGGUACAGGUACAAUUGGUACAGGUACAAGUGGUACAGGUACAAGUGGUACAGGUACAAGUGGUACAGGUACAAGUGGUACACGUACAAUUGGUAUAGGUACAUGUACAAGUGGUACAGGUACAAGUGGUACAGGUACAAGUGGUACAGGUACAGGUACAAGUGGUACAGGUACAAGUGGUAAAGGUACAAGUGGUACAGGUACAAGUGGUACACGUACAAUUGGUACAGAUACAUGUACAAGUGGUACAGAUACAAGUGGUACACGUACAAUUGAUACAGGUACAUGUAGAAGUAGUAGAGGUACAAGUGGUACAGGUACAUUUGGUACAGGUACAUGUACAAGUGUUACAGGUACAAGUGGUACAGGUACAAGUGGUACUGCCUUUUACGCCUGCAACACAAUGGCAAACUAUAUCCACAUGCUACAGCUCGUCAAUUUAGAAAAUCAACAUAGGGAAAUCUCAACGCACGCCAAUAGAUCUAAAGAAACCGCAUCAUAA